AUGAGGAGCUGCCUGGCGCUGGCGGUGCUGCUCUCCCUGGCACUGCGGCUGGCCCACGGCCCCGGCGCCGCGGCCGCCCCGCGGCCCCGCCACGGGCUCCCCGCCAAGAGCGGCUGCGGCCCCGACCCGCCGCCCCCCGCGCUGCCCCGGAGGGCGCCCGGCGGCCCCGGCGCCGCCUACGCCGCCCUGCUCCAGCGCCUGCGAGCGGAGGAGGCCGGGGACAUGCACGACUUCUUCGUGGGGCUCAUGGGGAGGCGGGCGGCGGAGCCCGGGACCCCCGCGGAGGGGCACCGGGCCGCCGCCGGGGCCGCCGAGCCGCCGCUCCGCACGCGCUGAGGUGCAGCCCGACGGGACGGGACGGGACGGGACGGGACGGGACGGGAGCCCUCGCCGAGACGGGACCCCCUCGUCGAGACGGGACCCCCGGCGCUGCCCCACGGCGCCCGGCCCCUGGCAGAGCCCUGCGCGGCGGCGGCGCCGGGAAGCGGAGCCGCUUCAGAGCCGUCGAGGGAGCCGCCGGGGCCGGGGCCGGGCACCCGCAUACGCGCACAAAUACACCGUUACCGCAGUC